AAUGCCUGGCGUAUGCUGACGAGCACAAGAUGGUAUACCCAGCCGGGCGGCGGGUUGUGGUCGCCGAUCGGGCUGCGGUUGAGUUUGUGGCCACCGAUCACGCCGUCCGCACGAUGGGAUGUCUUGCUCUUGCCCCGGAUCGUAAGCAUCUGGCGGCGGCAGAGCUGGACGCCGGUGGGCGGGCGCAGAUCUCGGUGUACAACUUGUCGACCAACCGCCGUGAGCGAGUUCUCCGCGUUCCUGAUGUGGACGCCAUCACUACGCUUGCGUUCUCCUCCGACUCGCGCUACUUGGUGGCGGUUGGUGCCGAGCCCGAGUCCAAGCUGGUCAUCGCCUCGAUCAACCUGCACACUUCGGUGCUCAGGGUUGCGUUCUCGCCGUUUGACACCAACACGGUGCUGGUGGUCGGCGGGCAGUAUUUGCGAUUGUGGCGGCUGGCUCACGACGAGCUGCACUCGCUGCUCCCGGUUGUUACGCCAUCGCUACAGGCCUCGCCAGGCGCGGUCAACACCGAUGCGGCGUGGUUCCACGGCGACGCGUUCUGCGUUGCCAACGAUCGCGGCGAGUUGGUAGUGUACGAGGCCGGUGAAGCGACUCGCCUCCUACCGGACGUCUUUCCCACCGGUAUCUCAACCGUUGUCCCGUACCGCAACGGCGUACUUGUUGCGUCAACGACCAAGGCGUUCAAGUUGUACGAGGAGAACCUUGAGACAGGCGAGCUCGAGCUUCGCAAGUCGCUUGUGUGCUCGCUCGACUCAUCGCGCUAUGACGACGUGCCGCUGUGGAUGGCGGUCUCGCCGACAGGAUCCGAGGUGGCGGUUGUCCUCUCGUCAUCGCAAGUGCUCUGCAUCGCCAUGUCGGGCCUCGACCUCUCGUCGCCCGAGAUGAGUCCCGAGGAGGAAGACUCGUCGUUUGCACUCCUCGCCUCGGGCUUUCACUCGGGGGCCAUCCUUGACGUCGACUGCGCCAUUCGCAAGCCGCUUCUGGUUACGGCAGGCGCCGACCGCACCCUCCGAGUCUGGCACUACAUCGACAUGCAGUGCACCAACUCGAUCCGGUUCCGCGACGAGCCGCUUGCUGUGGCCUUUCACCCUCUUGGCCUUCACGUCCUCGUUGCUUUUUCCGAGGGCGUCUCCAUGCUCGCGGUCCUUGCCUCGGGCUUUCGGGUUGAUCACGUGUUCAAGGUCAAGUUUGCCAAGGUCCUCCGCUUUUCUACCAAUGGCGCGUAUUUUGCCGCUGCCUCAGGUGCCACCAUCCUCCUCUUCUCGUCGACAACGCUCAGCCUUGUCGGCAAGCUUGAUGGUCAUGUCCGGCCGGUGGCCAAUCUGGCUUUUCUGGCCAACGACAUGAUGCUCGCAUCUGCCGCCGGCGAUGGCGCUAUCUACUACUGGGACCUGGUGACCAUGACCCGCGCAAGCGUCGCCUCGUCGCUGGUUUUCAAGGACGUUGCCUUUCAUGACAUUGUGGCCCUGCGCACCGUCCCACGCCGCGAGGCCGACGCUGACGCCGACGCCGACCUAGCGGUGCAUGGCACAUGGGGCGCUGGCAACUCGAUCGCCGCCACACAGGUCGUAGUCACCGGCAACGACCGCAUUGUCCGCCUCUGCGACGCUCAGCGGGUGGUCUCCGAGCACCGGCCGGGCCACUUUGGCAUGACCUCACUUGCUACCUCAGUCUUUACCUACGAGCGAACGACCCGGCUUGAAGGUGGAGGGGUGGCCUUGCUUCAGGAUGAGCUUGCCCGCGGCGACGACGCCGACGUCGUCCACGAUGGGUCAAGCACCGAGCUGGCGCUCCAUGGCCAGCGACUGGAUACGCCGCUGACAGCUGUGGGCGAGGUGGUUAAGGAGUCACUCACUGCUCAUCUGGUGUUUGGAGCGUCGAGCGACGGCAAGAUCCGUAUAUUUGACGCACCGUACUCGAUGAUGGAUCCUGUGAGCAUGCAACUUCACAGCGGAGGCGUGAACAAGCUUGUGGUGAGCCCCGACAAUAACCUGCUCAUCUCGGUCGGCGCCACAGGCUGCAUCUUCCUCUCGGCCAUCCGUCCAGUUGUGGACGGCAAGGUCCGGCCACGGCGGCUGCCUGUGCCGGAGCGGUUCUCCGACCUUCUCCUCACAACGACGAAUGCCUUUCAAGAGCUUCUUAACUCUGUUUUCACACUCGAGAAGCGGCUUGCCGACUCGGCGAAUGCUGCAGAGUAUCAGCUGCAGGCCGAGGCGCGCAAAGCCGAACAGCACCUCGCGAACAUGCUGCAGGAGGAGCGCAAGCGCGAGCUCGACCAGCGUGAGAUGUAUGCCGAGCUGCAGGCCAUCCACGAGUCGCGAGUCCGCCAGUUCAACGCCGAGAAGCGCAAGCAAGAGGAAGAACACGGCCGCGAGCUGCGGGCGCUGGUGGAGAAGCACGGGCGCGAAAUGGCCCGACAGAAAGAGCUGUUGGCACGUGUGCGCGAAGAGUACGACGAGGCCCUCACUGAUGCCGAGGACAAGAGUCUGCACUUGGAGGAGGAGCACAAGGCCGUGCUGGUCCGCAUGCGACAGGACUACGAGGCCAAUCUGGCCACGCAGCUCGCGGCGUUUGACAAGCUCGUCGAGGAGCUCGAGCUCAACGACCUCGAGCACGCCGAGAUUUUGCGGCAGGUCGCCGAGGACCACGACGACGAAGUCAUGGAGAUGAAGAAGGUGCAGGAGGUGAUCAAGACGGCUGCAUCUGAGAAGACGGUCCAGCUCACUGAUGACCGCGCCUUGCUCAAGAUGCAGUACACCGACGCCGUCAAGGAGCGCGACGCGCUCGCGGCCGAGAACGCACGACUCCACACGCGGGCUGACACGCUCCGCGGCGAAAUUACCGAGCUCGAGCGCCGUCUCUCGCUCCUUCGGGUCUCAGUCCACGAGCGUGACGAGAUCAUUGCCGACAAGGAGAUGCGCAUCCUGGAGACCAAGAAGCUCAACCAGGACCUCGAAAAGUACAAGUUUGUCCUCGACUUUAAGAACAAGGAGCUAACCAAGCAGCUCGAGCCCAAGGAGCAGGCGCUCGUCGAAAUGGCGCAGCGGCUCAACUCGAUGGACGAAGAGCUGCAGCGGAAUGUCAAAGAGGUCGACAACCUCUCGCUCAUCAUCAAGGAGAAGGACAAGAAGAUGGCCAUCGUCCAACGCGACGCCGCAAACAUGCACCGGGCCCUCAAGGCCCGCAUCCGAGUCCAAGAGGCGAUGGAGAAGGACUUGCACCAGCUCUACACCAAAGCCGACCAAUCGCAGUGGCGCGAGGGCAUUCGCCACAUGUAUGAGGCGUACGUCUCCAAAGAGGCCCGUGACUCGCUCGACUUUACCGGCGAGGACUCGCGCCUCGAGGAGUUUGGCCGCCAGCGGCUGUUCAUGGAGCAGACCAUCGAGCGCCUGCGCUCGCAGCAGCAGUCAACCAUCUCGCUCAAGACCAGCGAGGUCUCGCGCCGCGCCAAAGAAAAUCACUUUCUCAUUGUUGAGAUCAACGACCUCCGCCGCGAGAACAAGCAUCUGGUCAAGCAGCUGCGUGCGCUUCGUGCUGCCGCGGGCGUUCCUCCUGCCGGCUCGACGACAGCCGGUGGUUCCAGCUCGAGUCGCGCCAGUGGGCCUCGCGCAAGUCCGGCCCAGGGCGAUCAGGCCCGCAACGACCAGGCCCGUGAGCGGGUCCUCGCCUUUGCCGCCGGCUCCUCGCCGUCGCAGAGUCGCACCCGACAGGGCUCGGCCCGGCCCGGCUCCGCUUCCGCCCAGCCAGCGCGGAGCCCGUCCGUUGCCGACGUGCUUGAAGCCGUCUCGCGGCCGCGCUCGAUCUCGCCGUUUGGCUCACCGGCCGGUCGUCCGGCGGCCCGCCCGGCCACUGCCGCGGCUGGGCGAAAGCGGCGCGGACCGAGUUCGCCGCUAAUGGGCUCGUCCCGGGGUCUCACCCGGCGAAAGUCGCGCAAACACUGAGCAGAGCGUAAAGUGCAGCAAGAAGAAGGA